GUUCGUUUACAACUUUCCAUCAGCGCAUGCGCCGCCGCUCCUCGGCACCCCUCCUCGGCUGCUUCCGUCUCCCGCGCACACCGCUGCUCUUUCCCUUGCCUGGCGCCUUCCCGGCUGCCCCAGUUCGCCGUCCGUCGCGCUGCAGGCUCUCCCGGUCGCCGCCCCGCCUCCCUCCUCCUCCGCAGCUCGCCAGCUCACUCCCAUGGCGGCGGCGCCCGUGGCGAGUCAAGCGCAGGCAGUGCUGCGCGGCCGGCUCUGCGACCCGGCCUUCGUCCACUCCCGUCUCAGAUCCUCGCCCGACACCAACUACAGCAAGCUGAAGUACCUCGUGUCCAGCUCCGUCUCCGAGGCCUGCAACAACUCCGUCCUCCUCCUCGGACCCCGCGGCUGCGGUAAAGGAGCGGUCCUCGACAUGGUUCUGGAGGACCUGAAGGAGGAACAUCCUGAUGCCAUAUCUGUGAUCAGGCUGAAUGGCAUGUUACAUAGUGAUGACAACUGCGCUACAAAGGAAAUUGCCAGGCAGCUGUGUCUGGAGCAUCAAUUGUCAUUUUCCAAAAUGGCUUCUUCGGAUGACAACACUGAAUUCAUGAUUGACAUGUUACGAGAGUGUGGACUAGCUCACAAGACAGUAAUUUUUGUCCUGGAAGAGUUUGACCUCUUUGCUCAGGGGAAGCAGCGGUUACUUUAUAGCUUACUUGAUGCAAUGCAAUCUCUUACAUCACAAGCUGUCGUCAUUGGUUUGAGUUGUCGAUUGGACGCAGAUCAACUGCUAGAAAAAAGAGUUCGAUCUCGCUUCUCUCACAGGAAGCUUCUUUUUGUUCCUUCUUCAUUAGAUGAUAUACAGAGGUUAAUGGAACAUUUGCUAAUGCUAGAUAAAGACUCGAGCUUACCAACAAACUAUGUUACGGAGUACAAUUCAAGGCUUACUAGCAUUUUCAGCAAUAAAAAGUUUAAAGGAGUUCUCGACUCUCUCACGGAUACUGACGCAACAACCAGCAACAUCCUGAGAUUUCUCUUCAGAGUGGUGUCAUAUAUGGACAUGGAAUCUGGAUUUCUGUCAAUGGAAUGCUUUACGGAUGCGCUUUCCUCCAUGCAGAGGCAACCCAAGAUGGACAGUUUGCAAGAUCUGUCGAUUUUGGAACUGUACAUACUUGUAUGCAUGAACAGACUAGAAGAUAAGGAGCAAAAGUCGUACAACUUCAACACGAUAAUGAAAGAAUACAAAUCCAUACAAGAUGCCUACAAAACUUCUGACAAGUAUGCAACCACUGUUUGCUUCAGGGCUUUUGAACAUCUUUUGGAUCGCGAGUUGAUUACCUUCGCUGACACCAAAGGGAGAAAUGUGGCACUCGAAUAUCGGCCCGUCAAACUUCUGAUAUCUUCUCGCGAGCUCGCACAAUCCCUCAAGUUGAACACUACCUGCCCCGCUGUACUGCAAAAGCUGCUUGACCGUGAAAGAUAUAUGUAGAAGUUCCUGUGUGUUUGCUGAAAUUGUGACGCUGCUUCAGUGGUUCCUAAGUAGUAAUGGUUUAGAAAGCUGCAAAAUUACAAACUUGAACGCGUAGACUGAUGCAACAAUGAUCUUGCCAGCCGUUCGCAAGUUUGGUUCUCGAUCUUCUUUAGCAGCGAUCAUGUGAGGUAGUAGUGGACUAGUGGGUGCUUCAUCAGUUGCUGCUGAUGGGAUGUGAACAUGUAAAAAUUGCAGCAAACUUGGCCGUUAAGUGAGAUCGCUUCAUUGCUGAAAGAAAAAAAAACUUUCGUUUUAGUAUC